CCGCUAGGUGGGGCCCGUGCCCAGCCCCGGCAGCGCCCGCCGCAGACGGGGGGGUCCUGCCGGGCACCUCCAGCCUCGGAGUCUUCAGCUGCUGAGAGCAGGAGCAGCCGCUUGCGGAGAGACGCUGCCUGCCGCCUGCGGUGGUUCCUGGGGCGUGGAAAAGCCCUGCUGGUGCCCGAGCUGAGCCGGGGAAGGUGGGAGUCGAGCUGGAAACAGGUCGCUGGGGGCUGAGGCGGCUGGAGCCAGAGCUCAAAGGAAGGGCUGUUGCUGGCAGGACGCGGUGUGGUGGAGCACGAGGGGUUCCUCACCACAGCCAGAAGAAAGUGAAGUCCCAGGAGGCCUGUGCCAGCAGUCCCGUGGAAGGACAGAGCAUCCAGGGCAGUUGUCUUGGCCGGUGUUGGCAGGGAGCGUGGUUCAUCUGCAGGAGCAGGGGAGGGUUUGUAGUCUACAGUCUUCACCCCUCCAUCUCAGUGCACUGGUUUCUGCUUGGCUCUCCGGGAGAACCGGCGGCGUGCUGUCAGGGCUCUAACUCGCAGGUUCUUGAGACAUCCCAGCUUAUAUGCAGUGACUGUUAAAACUUUGAGAGCGGAAUAAAGGCACAUCAGUUGUGUGCAGAUGCAAACGCCGCCAGAAACACAGCUGGCAUGGGUAAGGGACAGGCAAUUUCCACCCUUCUGUUUUCCACAAGCUGACCCUAUGAGGAGAGAGAAUGGGAGUUUUCCAAAGUCUGAGGUCUGGCUUGGGGUAUGCUUGAGACUCGCCUGUGUCAGGAGACUUGGCAAGGGGUUUUCUGUACUGUAUUCUUUACCCAGCUGUCUGGCGGUCACUGACUCCGAGUUUCCCUGAGCCAAAACCUGUCUGUCUCUGGGUUUGGUUUCUAUAAAUGUCAGAGACUAUUUUUUGCCAUCCCUACCUUUCUGUGUGAGCGAAAAAAAAGCCAACUCCUCUCUUCCUUGCUUUGUCUGGGAGACCUGGACAAUUUGGCAAAUAUAAGAUAGGCAGUACCUAAAAGCAGCUGCGUAUCCAAAAUAAACAUCGGUAGGAUGUGAAUUCUCCAUAUUAGGUGUGGGACAGAGUGAUGGGCUAAUCGGACUGGGGAGCAGGGUUGUGGGAAGAGGUAUGUGCACCAAACAGCUCAUAAACAAGUUGUGCUGCUGUUAGCGAGACAUGUAAUUUUUUAAAAUUCUAGGUUAGCUUUAAGCUGCUUCAGGCUUCUUUUGGAGAAGGUACACAAGCAAUUCAGUGGUAUUGUGGCCCUUAAAGAUCCCUGGUUGCUCUUCCUCAGUAAGGUAUUGACACAGGUUUCCUGGCUCUGCAGGCUCAGUUAAUUACCUUGCUUCCUGAAAUUCCUACUGCAAGAUGGAAAUGGAUUUAGGGCUGUUCCGUUUAUUCUGAAACGUUGCUCCCAGAAAGUGCAGGCUGAUUCUUGCGCUGCUUGUAAUAGGCUUUAAAAAGUCCUUAGUUUGGAAAGUACAGCAGAAAUGGACAGUAUUAAAUAAUGCGUUGUUACACAUGACACCCACGGCACCUACCCUGUAGCAGGGCAGAGGCAGCACAGAAAGCUUCCUUUGUGUUGUCUGUAUCCUGCAGGCCUGGGGCGUGUGCUGUGGGGUGGUUUGUCAUGGCGAUGUCAUUACAGGUUAGGGUUUCUCUUUUUUCCCAAACACCCAACAUGCACAGAAAUAAGAGUGUUCCCACACUUUAUUUUCAGACAUCUCCCAGGCAAGCGGCAGGGUUGAGUUGUGAUUUGUGGGGCAAUAAGGCCUGUGGAGUUUGUCCAGUUCUCUUAAACAACUGCUCUGCUGCUUAGAAAAUGACCAUCUGUAAUUGCAGCCUGUGCCUUGACUUUUAGGGACUUGGGAUGCAAAACCAAGAGGCGAAGUCAAAACUGAAUGAUCUGCUCUUUUUGUACUACUUUAAGGAAAUGUCAGCGGGAGCAUCGUGGGUGCAGCCUCAGAGGUUUGUGCGGCAGUCUCGGCUCAGCUGUGUAGGUGUGUGUUGCAGCAGAACGCUUGCUGAAUUCCUGAGAGGCAGGAGGUAUGUCCUGGCCUGGCUCUAAACCUUAACUGGGGCAACAGUGCUUCCUCUCUGCACUCUGAGUGAAAUGGAUACCAUCCUCUAGGCUUACAUCAGAAGGGAGUUUUCCUUUCAAGCCUAACCCCAAGUAAUCCGUGAAGCCUUGUUGACUUCAUGGAUUGAAAGACUGGCUUGGAAGUCAGCGCUUCUGUGCUUAAUUUGGGGGUACCCAGAGGCAUCUGAUUCUGCCACUGGAGGCCAGUUGAAGGUCGACGAGAGCAGGGCGCCUCUGAAACCUGUAGGCGUUCCAUCCCGUGUCGCCAAGGCUCUCUUCUCACCCGUCGUGUCCCUCCCCAUUGCUUGUGUCCGUACCACAGAGCGAGCCCCUCUUCUGGCGCAGCGGCCGCGUGAAUCGACUGCUGUGGCGCUGCUGGCGCAAUGGCCAGCGAGGCAGAGAUGACGUGUGCUGGCACGGAGAGGACGUGCGUGUCCCUGACCUGAGCAGCUGCAGCCUGGGCUAAAGAAGGCUGAGGCUGCCAGUGGUGGUGAGGAUAAUGGAGUGUGUCCUAUGGCAACGUGGCCUUCUGCCUACCAGUGUGGUGUCUGGUAAGCAUGGCCGGAGGACUGCGGAGGGGCUGAGUCCAGGGCAAGAUCCACUGCAGAGGAAGAACUGGAGGCAGUGCUGAGGCUGGGGGGGGCUGUCUCCCACCAGGAAACUCUGACAGGAGGAGGAAGAGAAGGUCAGGGUGAGGUGAGGUGAGGCUGGCAGCAGGAGUGGAAAUACUGGGUUGAAUCUCCAGGCCUGGUUCUCUUGGAUGCCUUGUGCUUCUCAGCACCAGCUCGGGGAUAGGCAGGGAGCGUAGCUAAAGCGGUGUGUCCCCAGGCAUCUGCCGUGUGGCAGGAUGGAGCACCGAGCCCCUGUUGCCUGGCUGCCUCGUUCUGCCAAGGCCUUUCAACAGUGCUGUGAGACCACCAGAGACACUGUUGGUGGGGGUGGCAGAGGGCAGUUGUCACAACCUUUGGUAGAAGUCCUGGAGGUGGCCGCUCAGCCUGGGCAGCGGUAGCCUGGGCAGCACAGCGAUAGCGGGCGCUGCCGUCAGCUGCCUGCUUGGACGCUGCAAGUUGGGGGUGGUUUUGUCCUUGAGGGAGCUUCUCAGAAGCUGCACCUCAGCUUAUCUUUGAAUUGGAGGCAGAGGCAAAAGCUGUGUGAUCUUGCUUCAGUGGAACGCUGGGGGUUUAACUCGUUCAUAGAUGUUCAAAGGUACAGGCUAAGAGCUAGUUGUUCACAGUACAUUGGGGCCUGAAUCUGAUCUUGAACUACAUCUCUCCAUGCCUGCCAAAGUUUUUCUGCUACUUCACAGAUGGAUGUGUUUUCAGCAAAGACUUCCAUGUGGAAGAUUUAAAAAAAUAGAAUAAAAAGUAACUCCAAGCUUGGAACCAUGCUGCCAGGGAGAAUGUUUACAAGGAAGCAGCCUGAUAAACAAGGAAAUUCGGUGAGUUGCAAAGAGGUGAAAUUCUACAGUGUGGCAACAAUUCCCAGCUUGUCAGAGCCUUGCCGUGGUCCCAGCCACCUCAGGCUGACUACAGGAUCUUCGUUUUUACAGGCAGCCUCAGGAAGCUAGGUUGGACUGAAAAAGUAACAGAAUUAUGUGCAACUUGUCUGAGUCACUGACCCUGCAUCUCCGCUAGUUCUUUCAGGGCACUGCUCGUGGAGGAGAAAGAGAAGGCUGCAGCUGAGAGAGGAGAUCUGCCCUUUCUGGUCACCACGAUUUUCAGAUCUCCUCCCCUAGCCUCUCCCAGUCUUUUGUACUUUCUGUGCUAAUCCAUCCAGUGCAGCAUAGACUGACAGAGGCAGCAACUAGAAACCCUGCUCUGAAAGCUGCUGUGAAUGCCUUAGGACCAGCAGCAGCAUGCACAUGAGAACCGUGCUCAUCCUCCUCGUUCUGGCUUUAGCCACGAUAUUUGCUUUAGUCUGUGUGUUGCUGACCAGAGGAAGGGCCCCCAGCACCUGCCAGCACCGGCCCCCGGAGCACGAGGACGCCGAUGACGGCCAGAGCCUGGUCUUUGCCGAUCUGACACCCGAAGAGAUGGCGCAAGUGGUGCAGUACCUGCAGGGAAGCCUUGGGGUGCAGCUGGUGGACGCCGCGCGUGCAAAGCCCUCCGACAACUGCAUCGCCUCCGUCGACGUGCAGGUCCCCGCCAAGGCAGAGGUGCUGCGUUUCCUGGAUGGUGGGGGGCCUCGCCCCCCCCGGGAGGCGCUGGCUGUGCUGUACUUCGGGAGCCAGCCGGACCCCAACGUCACCGAGUACGUGGUGGGUCCGCUGCCGACGCCGGUGUAUCACCGGGACGUGACGGUGCAGAAGUACGGGGGGAAGGUGCCGUACCACCGCAGACCAACACUAGCUGUUGAAUACAAACAGAUUGCAGGGUUUUUAAAAGGCCAAGUGUUCCCCACAGCUCCAUCUUUCAUGCGUCAAGUAAUGGAGUAUGAUGGAGCCAGUCUAGCAGCCUUGACAGCCGCUCCCCGUGGAUUGCAGUCUGGAGAUCGGAUCACCUGGUUCGCUUUGUUUCAGAACGUGAGCGGGUUCUUUGUGCACCCGGUGGGGCUGGAGGUGCUGGUGGACCACAGCAGCCUGGACAUCUCCCGGUGGGCGGUGAGCAGGGUGUUCUACAACGGGCAGUACUACCGGGACAUGGUUCAGCUGGAGAGCGCCUACGCGCAGGGUCGCAUCAGCGUGGAGAAGGUGAGGAAGGCGCCGCAGGAUGGGGACUUCUCGUCCAUGAAGCCCCGAGCACCUCCGGCUGCGCUGUUCCCCUUGCAGUACGAGCCCCAGGGUCCGCGCUACAGCGUCAGGAAGAACCACGUCCUCUUCCAGGCCUGGAGCUUUGCCUUUGGGAUGAGCGUGAACACGGGCCUGCGCCUGUUUGACAUCCGACACAAGGGGGAGAGGGUUGCCUAUGAGAUCAGCGUCCAAGAGGCGCUGUCUGUGUACGGCUCCAACUGCCCUGGAGGGAUGUCAACGAGGUACAUGGAUGGGAGCUUUGGCAUUGGGCGCUACACCUCCCCCUUGGUGCGAGGGGUCGACUGCCCCUACGUAGCGACGUACCUGGAUGUGCACUACCUUGCCCAUUCCCAGGUCCCUAGAAUUAGUAAAAGUGCCCUCUGCAUUUUUGAGCAGAACCUGGGCUCCCCUCUGAGGCGCCACUACUCCAACUUGCAGUCGCUCUACUAUGGGGGGCUGGUCAACUCUGCUCUGGUCGUUCGGUCCAUUGCGACCGUGGGCAACUACGACUACGUGUGGGACUUCAUCUUCUACCAGAACGGGGCCAUCGAAGGCAAGGUCCAGGCCACGGGGUACUUGAGCUCAUCCUUUCUCCACGGGGAUGGUCUGAGAUACGGCAACAGGGUUUGGGAGCACACGCUGGGCACGAUACACACCCAUUCCAUCAACUAUAAAGUGGACUUGGAUGUGGGAGGUAGGUCUUGCCUUUCCUUUGACGUCUGCCAUUUCACUGGUAAACCCAGUGCUUGGGGGGUAUUGCCUCCUAGUCUGUAGAAUGCCUGCUAAGUGACAUCAGGUCUCU